AUGCACAGCUCGGUCACGAGACGACAUGGUCCGGCUAGUUGCGCACGUGACAGCGAGCAGCGGCGCGACAGUGGCGAGCGGUGGCGAGCGUUAGCGAGUGGCGGGCGAGGCGGGAGCGUGCAGCGACAUGCUAUAGGCCCCUGUCCUUCUUUCCCUUUCCCCCACUCCUUCUAUCCCUUCCCCCCUGUCCUUCCUCCUUUCCUCCAUGUCCUUCCCACCCUUUCCCCCUGUCAUUCUCUCCCUUUCCCCUUAGUCCUUCCCUCCCUUUCAUCGUUUUCGUUCCUCCUGAUGCUUAAUUCUCCCCCCUGUUCUUUCUUCCCUGUCCCCCUAUCCUUCCCUCCCCUUCUUCUCCCUCCCUCCUUUCCCCUCUCCCAACCCACUGCUUCGCCCUGCUCUCAUCCGUCCCCUUGCCCCCAUUCGUCCCUUUUCCCCCACUACCGUCGCUGCUUUUCCUGCUCAUUUCCCCCUUUCCUGAACCCUUCCUUUUCCUCUCUCACAUCCCUUCCCGGCAUUCCCCCCUGCCACCAUCCCCCAUGGCACAUCCUCCUAUGCCACACCUUCAGUUUCACGCCUCCCCAUUCCCGAACUCCCCUUGUCCGUCGGUCCCUUGGCGUCUUGCCCUUCCCUGCAGGCAGCAAAGGCGCGACGGUAGCAAGCGGCUCGCUCUCAUUGUCUCUCCACCACCAAUCCUCCUCUCCCCCACUCCCGCCAUCCCUCCUUUCCCCCGUUACCAUUCAAACCUUCCCCCCGUCCCCGUCCCUCCUUCCAUCGGUGUCCGUCCCUCCUUCCCCCACCAUCCACCCUUUACCCUACCCUUUCCCACCAUUCACCCCUCUCCCGGCCAUCCCUUUCCCCCCUCUCCUGUCCCUCCCCAUUCCCCUCAUCCGACCCUUCCCUUCCCACUAUGACCCCACGGUGGCAGGCGUGACGACAUCCAACCCUCUGCUCCACCGCUCCCAACUCCACUGCUUCCCUUCACCCACCCCGCUGCUUCCCUUCACCCACCCAACUACUUCCCUUCACCCACCCCAUCACUUUGUGUCGUCGCGCACCCCACUGUUUCUGCCAACCCUCCAUUCAAUUUCCCCAUCAAACAUUUUUCACUUCUUCGGCUGGUGUCCUUCCCUACCCCCCUCCCGCCCUGCUAUCGGUGGACAGCUGCAUCAAUAA